CCCAGGCCCCGCGGAUCUCCGCUGUGGUUCCUGCCGGCUUGGGGCGGCUGCGCAUCCGAAGGGGCGAGUUGUGCAGCGACGCGGCUCGAUCUGGCCCAGCCAUGGACCGGAAGGUGGCUCGAGAAUUCCGGCACAAGGUGGAUUUUCUGAUUGAAAAUGAUGCAGAGAAGGACUAUCUGUAUGACGUGUUGCGGAUGUAUCACCAAACCAUGGAUGUGACCGUGCUUGUGGGAGACCUGAAGCUGGUCAUCAAUGAGCCUAGCCGCCUGCCACUGUUUGACGCCAUCAGGCCCCUGAUCCCUCUGAAGCACCAGGUGGAGUACGACCAGCUGACGCCCCGGCGCUCCAGGAAGCUGAAGGAGGUGCGUCUGGACCGUCUGCACCCCGAAGGCCUCGGCCUCAGCGUUCGUGGGGGCCUCGAGUUCGGCUGCGGGCUCUUCAUCUCCCACCUCAUCAAAGGCAGUCAGGCAGACAGUGUCGGGCUCCAGGUUGGGGAUGAGAUCGUCCGGAUCAAUGGAUAUUCCAUCUCCUCCUGCACCCACGAGGAGGUCAUCAAUCUCAUCCGCACCAAGAAGACUGUGUCCAUCAAAGUGAGACACAUUGGCCUGAUUCCUGUGAAGAGCUCUCCUGAUGAACCCCUCAAAUGGCAGUAUGUGGACCAGUUUGUGUCAGAAUCUGGGGGAGGGCGGAGUAGCCUGGGCUUCCCUGGCAGUCGGGAAAACAAGGAGAAGAAGGUCUUCAUCAGCCUGGUAGGAUCCCGAGGCCUUGGCUGCAGCAUUUCCAGUGGGCCCGUCCAGAAGCCCGGCAUCUUUAUCAGCCACGUGAAGCCUGGCUCCCUGUCUGCCGAGGUGGGGUUGGAGACUGGGGACCAGAUUGUCGAAGUCAACGGCAUCGACUUCUCCAGCUUGGACCACAAGGAGGCCGUGCACGUGCUGAAGAGUAGCCGCAGCCUGACCAUCUCCGUCGUAGCUGGAGCCGGCCGGGAGCUGUUCCUGACAGACCGGGAGCGGCUGGAGGAGGCACGGCAGCGGGAGCUCCAGCGGCAGGAGCUUCUCAUGCAGAAGCGGCUGGCAAUGGAGUCCGACAAGAUCCUCCAGGAGCAGCAGGAGAUGGAGCGACAAAGGAAAAAGGAAAUUGCCCAGAAGGCAGCAGAGGAGAAUGAAAGAUACAGGAAGGAGAUGGAACAGAUUAUAGAAGAGGAGGAGAAGUUCAAGAAGCAGUGGGAAGAAGACUGGGGCUCAAAGGAACAGCUGCUCUCACCUAAAACCAUCACCGCCGAAGUGCGCCCAGUACCCCUUCACAAGCCUAAGUCUGAUCAGGGAGUGGAGCCUGAGCUUGAGCCAGCAGACGACCCGGAUGGAGGCACGGAGGAGCAGGGAGAGCAGACAUUUUGCCCAAGCCCACAGCCUCCACGAGGCCCUGGCGUGUCUACUAUCUCCAAGCCCGUCAUGGUCCACCAGGAGUCCAACUUCAUCUACAGGCCAGCUGUGAAAUCUGAGGUCCUGCCACAGGAGAUGUUGAAGAGGAUGGUGGUUUAUCAGACAGCGUUCAGACAAGAUUUCCGCAAAUAUGAGGAAGGCUUUGACCCCUACUCCAUGUUCACCCCAGAGCAGAUCAUAGGGAAGGAUGUCCGGCUCCUGCGCAUUAAGAAGGAGGGAUCCUUAGAUCUGGCCCUAGAAGGCGGUGUGGACUCCCCGAUCGGGAAGGUGGUCGUCUCGGCUGUGUAUGAGGGGGGAGCUGCUGAGCGGCACGGUGGCAUCGUGAAAGGGGAUGAGGUCAUGGCGAUCAAUGGCAAGAUCAUGAUGGACCACACCCUGGCUGAGGCUGAGGCCACCCUGCAGAAGGCCUGGAGUCAGGGGGACUGGAUCGACCUUGUUGUUGCCGUCUGCCCCCCCAAGGAGUACGACGAUGAGCUAACCUUCUUCUAAAGUCCAGAAGGAGAAACCAAAUUCACCCCGAGAAGCCAGGGAGCUCUGCACCCACCGUCCUGAACACAAAGCCUGGAAGCAGCCUGGGGAGAUGCCAGUGGGCAGGGACCCUGGAAACGUACAGUCCGCACCCAAGGCUUCCCGACUCCCGUUGGCCCCAAAGGAGGGCUGCAUAAGGAGCUCCACAGGCCACCCCCGAGGGUCAACACAGAGGAGGAAGUAGCAGUUCCGAAGACGGCCCCCGGGAUCCGGACUCUCGUUUCUUUCUUCCAGUCCUGGGAAUUUGGUCUCUCCCAGCCCUGGGAUCUCAAGGUUCAAGGGAAUUCUCAAGAAAUCACGAGUUCUCCCUUGAAUUCUAACAGGACCUGACUCCUGGGUCUCUCCACUGCACCCCCCCCCCAAUUGCUGCCACAAACCUCCCUCUGAACUCAUUAACAAAAUAAAUUGCUUUCCCCUGAAACAAAUUAAUAAAAACAAAUAAACUGCUUUCAUUUCCA